GGAAGCUGUCGGACUCAGCAGACACAGCCGUCACGUGCUGUGUCACAGAACCCACUGAAAUAUGAUUUAAUACAUUUAUUUCAUCCUACAACAACAUAGUUUCACUUUAAGUCUUAGUCCGCCACAGCUGUGAGGCGGCCGCAGCAUGGAGGGGUCAGAGCUGGAGAGACCAGAUUCUCCUGAACCUGAAUCCAAACAAGAUCCAGGACCAGGACCCGGCAGGGUGUCCAUGAACAGAGAUCACUCAACAGAAGGACCUACUGAACUCAAAGAUGGACAGACGGAUGUGAUCCAUCAGAGACCAGACUCUCCUGGUCCAAGCCUUGUGUCCCUGAAGAGUGACCAAUCCAUGGGUGAACCUCUUACUUUCAAAGAUGGACUCCACUCUGUUGAUAAAAGGAUCCAUCAGCAGAGCACAGACUCUCCUGGUCCAAGCCUUGUGUCCAUGAAGAGCGACCAAUCUAUGGGUGAACCGCUUACUUUCAAAGAUGGACCACACUCUGUUGAUAAAAGGAUCCAUCAGCAGAGACCAGACUCUGUUGGUCCCAGCCUUGUGUCCAUGAAGAGCGACCAAUCCAUGGGUGAACCACUAACUUUCAAAGAGGAACGCCUCUCUGUUGAUAAAAGAACUGAUAAGAAAACAUCAGAGGUUCCCACUGAUUAUUCUGCUCAGCAUCAAUCACACCUGGACUCCAUAUUUAUGCUGCUGGAGGAGAACAUAGUCAGAUUUGUGAAGAAUGAGCUGAAGAAUUUUCAGAAGCUCCUGAGUCCAGAUUACCCAGAAUGCUUACGGAGGCAAGCAGAGGAUGAGGAGGUGUUGGACGGUGAGGAUGAAGAGCAGAGGAGGAGCAGCAGAGAGGAGUUUCUGAAGAUCACACUGAACUUCCUGAGGAGAAUGAAGCAGGAGGAGCUGGCUGACUGUCUGCAGAGCAGACAUGUUGCUCCAGUUUGUCGACUGUAAACUUAAAUCUAACCUGAAGGAAGAAGUUCCAGUGUUUGUUUGAGGGGAUCUCUAAAGCAGGAAACCCAACCCUUCUGAAUCAGAUCUACACAGAGCUCUACAUCACAGAGGGAGGGACUGGAGAGGUCAAUGAUGAACAUGAGGUCAGACAGGAUUGAAACAGCAUCCAGGAAACCAGACAGACCAGAAACAACCAUCAGACAAGAAGACCAUCUUUAAAGCCUCACCUGGAAGAGAUGAACCAAUCAGAACAGUGAUGACAAAGGGAGUGGCUGGCAUUGGGAAAACAGUCUUAACACAGAAGUUCACUCUGGACUGGGCUGAAGACAAAGCCAACCAGGACAUACACUUCACAUUUC